ACCUGGAAUUUAAAUGUCUUUAAUUUAAAUGAUUUGUAUAUAUAUUUAUUUAUUUAGUCAUAAUUUCAUUAAUGUUUCGCCCACGGUUCAAAUGGCCUGCGGUAUCCCCAGACUGGUCACGUGUGCAGAAUUUCAUGUGUUUUGAAGAAACUGCAGUAGAACAGAACAAAUUUCCACACACGUUUAACGUUCGAUUUUAUUGGUGAAAAUGGGCAAGUUGAACGUGUCCAUGGUGCGAUAUCUUUCGAGAGAGGACUAUCGUGUUCUGACAGCGGUUGAAAUGGGAAUGAAAAACCACGAAAUUGUACCAACACCACUAGUAGCAUCAAUUGCAGCAUUGAAACAUGGCGGGUGUCACAAACUCAUCAAAGAGCUCGUCAAGCACAAGCUGAUUGCCUACGAUCACGGCAAAGUGGAAGGAUACAGACUGACCUAUACUGGCUAUGACUACCUUGCCCUGAAAGCUUUGGCAAGUCGUGACAUUGUCUACUCUGUUGGAAACCAGAUUGGUGUUGGGAAAGAGUCAGACAUUUACAUUGUUGCCAAUGAGGAGGAUCAACAGUUUGCCCUCAAGCUUCAUAGGCUUGGUCGAACAUCAUUUCGCAAAUUGAAAGAAAAAAGAGACUACUUGAAGAAGCGCUCCAGUGCAUCAUGGCUUUAUCUUUCCCGUCUUGCUGCAAUGAAGGAAUUUGCAUACAUGAAGGCCUUGUAUGACAAUGGUUACCCGGUUCCCAAGCCUAUUGACUUCAACAGACAUGCUGUAGUCAUGGAGCUAGUUAAUGGUCACCCACUGUGCCAAGUGCAUAACCUGAAUGACCCAGGAGCUGUCUAUAGUGAUCUGAUGGAGCUCAUCGUAAAGUUAGCCAGCUUUGGACUUAUUCACUGUGACUUUAAUGAGUUUAACCUCAUGCUGAAUGACAAAGAUCAAAUAACUGUCAUCGACUUCCCUCAGAUGGUUUCAAUAUCACACCUCAAUGCUCAGUGGUAUUUCGAUCGUGAUGUGCAGUGUAUUCGAGAUUUCUUCCUCCGGCGCUUCAACUACGAGAGCGAGCUGCAUCCCAAGUUUUCAGACAUAAAGCGAAUGUACGAUCUGGAUGUCGAGGUAUCGGCUAGUGGUUUCACCAAAGACAUGGAGAAAUGCUUUGAAGAGGAGGGAGCGGGUGAACUGAGCCAACUUCGAAACCAAGUGGACGAAGAGGAUCAAGAAGGGGCGAGAAGUGACGAGGAUGGUGAGGACCCAGUGGACGAAGAUGUCCGUCAAGAGAACAAACAAACGCGAGAUGAGAAUCAAGACAACGAAAAAGAGCCACCAAAAACGACCGACCUCGACACCGCGGGACCGCUAGGAGCCACGUGCACCGUGUCUGAGGAUUCUGAAGACUCGGACCUAGAAGACCUCAGCCGCGUCAACAAAACGCACAGACCCUACCGUGACAUCACAGAUGACGUCACAGAUCAAGCUAACGACGGCGAUGACGUUACAGAAGAGACGCAUACACUCGCUCCAGGAGCCUCCAUAGAUGCGGCCGAGGUUCGAAAUCGAGUCAAAAGGAAUCUGAACAAGAAGCAACAGAGGAUGAGGCGGACCAAACGAGGGGAGGCUGGAGCGAGCACGAGAUCGAGGCGCGAUAAUAGAGAUAAUGUAAAACAGAGUAUGAGUGCUUUGAGUAGUGGUUGGUGAAUAAGGGGGGGAGGGGGAAUGGUUAGUGGCACUGUAUUUGGAAUGAACUUAAACAUUAAAUGCAAGUGCAGUUCCAAAA